GAGAAAGGGAGAGAGAAAGAGUGAAGUGACAUCACAUUCCCCAGCUCCUCAUUGCUUCUCCUCCUCCGUGACACCUUUGCUCCACUUCUCGGCGAGGAGGCGCGCGCGCGCACGGCGAAGAAACGCGGGCAGAACUGAAGGAACGGAAAGGAAGUGAAAACCUCUGGAAAAAAACUGAAACCAUGAACAACACUUUCCUGAACAUGGCGUCGAUAGGCGACUUCGACCCGCUGAACCCGUCCAUUCCUGCCACCAAAGUUGAAAUCGCGGUGUCCUGCAGAGAUCUGCUGGACAUGGACACCUUCUCCAAAUCAGACCCAAUUUGUGUUCUCUACACACAAGGCAUGGGCAACAAGGAGUGGAGAGAGUUUGGGAGAACGGAGGUGAUUGACAACACGCUAAACCCAGACUUUGUGAAGAAAUUCAUACUGGACUACUUCUUUGAAGAGAGACAGAAUCUCAGAUUUGACUUGUACGAUGUUGACUCAAAGAGUGCCAACCUGCAGAAGCAUGACUUCCUGGGCCAGGCCUACUGCACCCUGGGAGAGGUGGUUGGAUCGCAGGGCAGUCGCUUGGAAAAACCUCUUGGAGGCAUUCAAGGGAAGAAAUGUGGGACCAUUAUCGUGAAAGCCGAGGAGUUGAACAACUGCAGGGAAUCAGUGAUGAUCCAGUUCUGUGGGACCAAGUUGGACAAAAAGGAUUUCUUUGGCAAGUCAGAUCCGUUCCUGGUUUUCUACAGGAGCAAUGAAGACGGCACGUUUACCAUCUGCCACAAGACCGAGGUGGUGAAGAACACGCUGAACCCUGUGUGGCAAGCCUUUAAGAUCCCCGUGAGAGCUCUCUGCAACGGGGAUUACGACAGAUCAAUCAAGGUCGAGGUUUACGACUGGGACCGAGACGGCAGCCAUGACUAUAUUGGAGAGUUCAUGACCAGUUACAGAGAACUCUCUGUCGGACAAAGCCAGUUCAAUGUCUAUGAGGUGGUAAAUCCCAAGAAAAAAGAAAAGAAGAAAAACUACAAAAACUCUGGAACGGUAACGCUGCUGUCCUUCCUCGUGGAAUUCGAAGUCACCUUCCUGGACUACAUCAAAGGAGGGACCCAGAUCAACUUCACGGUGGCCAUUGAUUUCACAGCUUCCAACGGAAACCCAGCCCAGCCCACCUCCCUCCACUACAUGAGCCCAUACCAGCUGAACGCCUACGGCAUGGCCCUGAAGGCGGUCGGCGAGAUCAUUCAGGACUACGACAGCGACAAGAUGUUCCCCGCACUUGGCUUUGGAGCCAAGCUGCCGCCGGACGGACGGGUGUCCCAUGAGUUUGCCCUGAACGGUAACCCUCAGAACCCGUACUGCACAGGCAUUGACGGCGUAAUGGAGGCCUACUAUCAGAGUCUGAAGUCCGUUCAGCUCUACGGACCCACCAACUUCUCCCCGGUCAUCAACCACGUCGCCAGAUAUGCUGCUUCUGUGAAGGACGGUUCUCAGUACUUUGUGCUCCUCAUCAUCACCGACGGCGUCAUCUCGGACAUGGCCCAAACGAAGGAGUCGAUUGUCAAUGCUUCAUGUCUCCCAAUGUCAAUUAUUAUUGUUGGAGUCGGUCCAGCAGAAUUUGAUGCCAUGGUCGAGUUGGAUGGCGAUGAAGUCAGAAUCUCAUCCAGGGGAAGAUUUGCAGAGAGAGACAUUGUUCAGUUUGUCCCAUUCAGAGACUACAUAGACAGAAGCGGGAACCACGUUCUAAGCAUGGCGCGGCUCGCCAAAGACGUGCUGGCCGAGAUCCCGGACCAGUUCCUGUCCUACAUGCGGACCCGGAGGAUAAAGCCUUCGCCGGCGCCGCCUCCCUACACGCCGCCGGGGCAGCCCGUCCAAACCCAGAUAUAAGGAGGGGGAGAGAGUCAAAAGUCUUACAGCCAGGUGUUCUCCGAACUUAACGUGCAAAAUACUUCCGUCCCCUUAAAGCUGCUCUCCAUGCUUUGCCGUCAUGGUCGGCCCUGGGGGGGGAGAAGGGUUUUCUCGCGGUCAGGAAACUAAACUGCAUGUCACGCCGGGAAAGAGGUGCUUUAGAAGGAAAACGCAGCAAGAGUCUGUUUACUUCCACUUUCGAGCAUUCCUGUAAUUGUCUGGAUUUUGAUAGGAUGUUUAUUGUUUUUUCUUCUAUGGUGUACGUGUGAGUGUCAAUGAAACAUAGAGAAGCUUCGGCGAGAGCCGGCAGAUUCAAACUGUGCGGAGAAAGGAGAAGCAAAAACGCGGAAGUCAAUGAUCUGGAUUUUAGCUCGGAAAAAAUGUGAAGAGAAUGUCUCCAGACAAAGAAAAGAAGUCAUUUAAUCUUCUGUAAAAAAAGAAAAAAAAAAAAAAAAAAAGGAAA